GUCAGUGAGGUAUCGCGUUUCCUGCCGCCAUAUACCGGCUUUUAAUGAGCACUGCGAGCUUCGUGGCUGACGACUCCCGGAUCUACUCGACUGCUAACGGCUCAGUGCUCCCGUCUAUGGCCCGUCCUCGCACAUUGGUUUCACCGCUGCUGAGCGGGGUGUUCUGUCAGUGCGAUACAUUGGGAGGGAACCCCUACACCCACGAGUCCCCGGCCCCCUCAUCCCUGGCGGCUGCCCUGGCUGCGGACCCGUGCGGAGGGGCCUUGUGCGGCGGACCAGAGCACGAACGGCGGCUGCAGAUUCUCUUCCAGGAGCUGGACGUCAACAAGGACGGCGCCAUCUGCAUCGAUGACCUGGCUGUGGGGCUCCGGCGGCUCGGGGUCCACCGGACCGAGAUGGAGCUGCGGAAAAUAGUGAAAGACGGAGAUAAGGACCAGGAUGGACAGCUGGACUUUGAGGAGUUUGUCCACUACCUCCGUGACCAUGAAAAGAAACUGAGAUUAGUCUUCCGGAGCCUGGACAAGAAGAAUGACGGAAGGAUCGAUGUCCAGGAAAUAAUGCAGUCUCUCCGAGACCUAGGAGUGAACAUCUCUGAGCAGCAGGCCGAGAAAAUCCUGAAGCGAAUUAGGACGGGCUACCGCUGGGGUCCUGUCACCCACAUGGAUAAGAACGGCACAAUGACAAUAGACUGGAACGAGUGGCGGGACUAUCACCUCUUGCACCCUGCGGAAAACAUUCCGGAAAUCAUCCUGUACUGGAAGCACUCUACGAUCUUUGAUGUGGGAGAAAAUCUGAUUGUCCCGGAUGAAUUUACAGUUGAAGAGAAGCAAACCGGGAUGUGGUGGAGGCAUCUAGUCGCCGGUGGCGGAGCAGGUGCAGUGUCUCGAACUUGUACAGCUCCCCUCGACCGCCUGAAGGUCCUCAUGCAGGUGCGUGACAUUACUGUCCACGCUACCCGUCACAACAACAUGUCUAUCUUGGGGGGAUUCACACAGAUGAUCCGCGAGGGAGGCUUCCGCUCACUGUGGCGAGGCAACGGCAUCAACGUCAUCAAAAUUGCACCAGAAUCUGCUAUUAAGUUCAUGGCUUAUGAACAGAUUAAACGCCUCAUGGGCAGCGAUCAGGAGACGCUUGGAAUCCGGGAGCGACUAGUGGCUGGGUCUCUUGCUGGCGUCAUUGCUCAAAGCAGCAUCUACCCUAUGGAGGUUCUUAAAACACGGAUGGCUCUGCGCAAGACGGGUCAGUACAGAGGAAUGUUGGAUUGCGGGAAAAAAAUCUUGGUGAAGGAAGGAAUGUCUGCUUUUUACAAAGGCUAUGUCCCGAAUAUGCUGGGGAUUAUUCCAUAUGCAGGCAUUGACCUGGCAGUGUAUGAGACCUUGAAGAAUGCCUGGCUGAACAGAUACGCCACAAGUAGCGCUGACCCAGGCGUAUUUGUGUUACUGGCUUGUGGGACCAUAUCCAGUACAUGUGGGCAGCUUGCCAGCUAUCCCUUAGCCUUGGUCAGGACACGCAUGCAAGCACAAGCCUCUGUCGAAGGCGCACCACAGGCGACCAUGAGCAAACUGUUCAAGCACAUUAUAAAGACAGAAGGAGCAUUUGGACUGUAUCGGGGUUUGGCCCCCAACUUCAUGAAGGUGAUCCCUGCCGUGAGCAUCAGCUACGUGGUAUACGAGAACCUAAAGCUCACACUUGGGGUGACCUCUCGGUAAUGAGCCACUGGUGAAACGCGGUGAUUGGACUGCAGUCUUGGGGCGCACCUCCCUGGAUGUGAAAAGGCCCCGUCUUCAUUCUGUGAAUGUGUUUAACACUAAAGGCAACAGUAAAGCUGUGCAAACCCCCCCCCCCCCCCCCCCCCCUUUCCCCCGAGAAUCAGAAGGAUGUGACACUUUGGUCUUGGCACGUUGGAGCUCGUCACCUGAGUUGCUCCUAUUCCACCCCUUUCUUUUUUGGGGCCACUAGCUUCUUCCAAGCCGGAGCCGUGUUUACAUUGCGUUUUAUUCUUUCAGUUUAUCUUGCAUUUUACAUGUUUUGACAGUUUUAUGUACAGUGUCCUUUUUUUUUUUUAAAGGACAGCAUCUCUCAUUUUGAAUGUAUGUAAUAUAGUUUUGAAACUAUAUAACCUGCAGCAUGCAUAUUGACAAGGUGCAGUAGCCAAUGGGUGUUUGCACUUUAACACCAGACAAUGUUAUCUGCUUUGGGUUUGUGAAAUUGCACUACCCCAUCUUGGGGUUUUCCGGUUCCACAAACCAAAGCUGUAGGGCGUCACAAUUGGCGCCGAUAGGCCUGUUCCCUUUUUUACUGUUUUGACAAUUAACCGUACUGUAGGUUGAGAUACACGUGACACGGGGGUGGCUCUAGAUGUCAUAUCGACCCGGGCGUUCUGCAUUCCAAUCAUGCUCGUCUGGGUCGAAUGCCCUAUAGACUUCCCCAUAUGCACAUCUACCAGUCACGUCUACCCGGUGAAGGUUACAGUGGCCUCCAACAGUAUUUGACCUGUCUACUCAGAAGGAAGUGAUCAUGGCCGCUAUUUGUGCCAGAUAUCUUAGGAGUUUUGCCUCUCCUUCUUAGUAAAUGAAUGACCUCCACUGAGACCAGGUGAUGUGUACCCAAAUGAAUCGGCCCACCCUGUGUCAUGGCUGUUGGGACUGGUAUGCAGACUACGGUUACCUAUCCACAGCAGGUGUCUUAAUUUAUGCAAACGCUGUCAUCCAUACACAGGGUCGUUAUCUGUGUCCAUCCAGGACAGCGUUUGUUGCACAUUCCUUUUUGUCUUACUGCCUAGCUUAUAUAUUUAUUAUAUUUAUUUGUUACGUUUGAGCUAUUUUUACAAAUGUUAAUUAUAUUUAGAGUAUUAUGGCUUUUUUUUAAAUUUCACUAACUUGUAAG